AUGCGCUCCCGUGGGAGAUUGGGACCGGGGGCCUCGCGCCAGCCGGAAACGGACCGGUGGGUCCUGUGCGGUGCUGGCCAGCGAGCUCCCCAGGGGGGAGGAGGACCGGUGGGUCCUGUGCGGUGCUGGCCAGCGAGCUCCCCAGGGGGGAGGAGGACCGGUGGGUCCUGUGCGGUGCUGGCCAGCGAGCUUACCAGGGGGGAGGAGGCCCGGUGGGUCCUGUGCGGUGCUGGCCAGCGAGCUCCCCAGGGGGGAGGAGGACCGGUGGGUCCUGUGCGGUGCUGGCCAGCGAGCUCACCAGGGGGGAGGAGGCCCGGUGGGUCCUGUGCGGUGCUGGCCAGCGAGCUCCCCAGGGGGGAGGAGGACCGGUGGGUCCUGUGCGGUGCUGGCCAGCGAGCUCCCCAGGGGGGAGGAGGACCGGUGGGUCCUGUGCGGUGCUGGCCAGCGAGCUCCCCAGGGGGGAGGAGGACCGGCUGGUUACCAGAAAACAAACCUCCCUUCCUCCAUCUCUCUGCCUCACUACCCUCUUUACCCUCUCUGUUGCCCGUCCUCCCUUCCUCCCUUCCUCCAUCUCUCUGCCUCCCUACCCUCUUUACCCUCUCUGUUGCCCGUCCUCCCUUCCUCCCAUCCUUCUUUCCUGCCAUUCUUCCUCUCCUCAUCCUCCCUCGAUCCAGUCCCCCUUCCCCUUUCCAUCUCCCACUCUCCCACUCCCUUCCUCUCGCCAACCCUGCUCCUCCGUUCCACCCUUCUACCUUCCCCCUUGUACCCAGCCGCACUUUUUCCUCUCAUCCGCCCAUCAUCUCAUCCGCCCAUCCUCUCAUCCGCCCAUCAUCUCAUCCGCCCAUCAUCUCAUCCGCCCAUCAUCUCAUCCGCCCAUCCUCUCAUCCGCCCAUCAUCUCAUCCGCCCAUCCUCUCACCGUCGCCCACGCUUCUGCCUUAGUGCCUUUCCGUGCUCUCUCCCCUACCCACGCUUCAUCUCGCUCACCCUUCCGCCCUUCCUCCGUGUCUCCCUUGCUCAUUUUCUGCCUCCGUGCAUUCUUUGUUCCCCACCCUCCAUCAGAGUUGGUGGUUCGUGUCUGUGCAGGUCUGCCAUGCAUCCAGUUGUGA